ACCCUUGUGGAUAACAUGCGAGCAGCCGAUGUCGAUAAGGCUGGCCCAAACGACUACAUACUGAACUGGGGUAACAAGGAAUCGGGAAAUACGAAGACUAGCCCAAAUCAGCUCUUCACUUACGUUAACGAGGCCAUUUUCCAACGACCUGUCUACUCCACGUUGAUCGAUGUGUACAACCAGAACCUCUUCACUCCAGAUGUGUGCACUGCUGAACCGGCAAUGAGUGGAUUCCGUAAAGCCGCAUUGCAACAGGUUUUCGAUACCUGGACAGCAACCAAAGUCUUCAAUUUGGCUUUCCAGUAUCUGCAAAAGAAAGGAUACAGUCAUGCAACUGACAUGACGACAUUGAAGACAUUCCUUUGGAACCUUUGGUUUGGCACCUACUCACGCUGUAAAGGACCGAUUGGAAGUUCUGGAUGGGAACAUGUGUUUGUCGGCGAAUGGAAGGAUACCACAAUUGAUGGACAACACGAUUGGGCCAGAUAUUACCUGCUCCAAAAAGCCGAUAAAAUCAACUAUCAUGGGUAUUACUCGUACGUCGGUAACCUUACCGGUACAUUCCAAUACACUUGGGAAAAUCAACUGAAGCAGAAGGGUGGCUUCCUUAUUGGCACGUCGCCAGUAUUCGAUUUUUCACUGCUCACGGUUUGUGCACUUAUUCAUCCUGGAAGUAAUGCCUGUAAGUACAGUAUAGACGGACACCCACUUGCUGUCACCUCGUACACACAGGAUUGUUCCGCAGGGACGUGCCUCUCGACAGCCUAUCCAACCAAUUGA